CAUAGUUGUCUUUCCGUACGUCAUUUAGCGCAAGUAAAUUUGAUUGCAAAAUUGACCCAUUUAUAAAAUUGACAUAAAUAGGGAAGAAGGCCAGAACCACACAACCCAGAACCCACCUUCUGACCCUAGCAAAAUACAAGAAGGUGUGAAAAUCAGAAGGCAGAUUGCGAUCUCCCGGAAACGUGUAGUAAUCAUACUUAACGUGUCAUUACUAUCUCCUGAUACUUUUUGUUCUUCUUUUCUAUAAAAAUUAUCAACCUUUUCAUUAUAGAUGUCAAAUUUUGUCUUCUUUUGCAACUUGUCAUAAGGUGUUUGUAUAAAUUGCUCACUGAAAGAAUUGGAUUUUAAAAAAGGGUAAAGUUCCUGAGUUUGACUGGAACUAUAGUCUAAACCCACCAAAAUAAGAUAAAAAGUUGGGUUCUUUAAAUUGUAUUUAUUUUCUAGAAUUAAGAUAAGACUAAGAUUACGCAUUUUGAUUUGUGGUUUUAAUUUAUAAUUUCAAAAAGUAAGAUGGGUAAAUCUGGGUCUAUGAUCUUGUUUAGUACUCUCUUGGUGGGUUGUUUACUGAUAUUUGUAUCAGCAAAGGAGGAUACUUUGAAAGAAAUUGCUGCAACUGAGAUUGAAAUGGAAGAAGUUGAGGUUAAUUUGCUGAGAAAAGCCAUCAAUUUCUUAUGGCAAAGUGGUCAAAAUAGUUACACUCAUGUUUGGCCAGAUAUGAAAUUUGGAUGGGAAAUUAUUGUGGGGUCUUUGAUUGGAUUCUUUGGAGCUGCAUUUGGGAGUGUAGGAGGUGUUGGUGGGGGUGGUAUUUACGUUCCUAUGCUUACCCUUAUCAUUGGGUUUGAUUCCAAAUCUUCAACUGCCAUAUCAAAAUGUAUGAUUAUGGGUGCAGCAGCUUCAACUGUCUACUACAAUCUUAAACAAAGGCACCCAACAUUGGAUAUGCCUGUUAUUGAUUAUGAUUUGGCACUUCUCUUUCAACCAGUAUUGGUGCUUGGAAUCAGUAUUGGAGUUGCCUUUAAUGUUAUUUUUGCAGACUGGAUGAUCACAGUUUUGCUCAUUAUUCUAUUCUUAUUCACUUCCACCAAAGCAUUCCUCAAGGGUGUUGAUGCUUGGAAGAAAGAAACUAUCAUGAAAAAGGAGGCUGCUCAACGUUUAUUAUCAAAUGGUGAUAAUGGUGAUUACAAAGUUCUACCUGCAGUUCCUACCAAAAAAGAAGAGGUAUCUCUAAGGGAAAAUGUGCAUUGGCCGGCGGUGGGCGUUCUAUUUGCUGUUUGGUUUGCUAUUCUGGGACUUGAAAUUGCCCAGAAAUACACCUCUACUUGUUCCGUUGGAUACUGGGCCACCAAUCUCCUUCAGUUUCCUGUGGCACUCGGGGCAUCUGGAUACGAAGCGUAUAUGUUGUAUACCGGAAAAAGAGUGAUCUCCUCAAGAGGAGAUGCUGUUGGAGCCUGGAAAAUUCACCAGCUGAUUAUAUGCAUGCUUGUUGGUGUUACUGCUGGAAUGGUCGGAGGACUGCUUGGUCUUGGCGGAGGAUUCAUCUUAGGCCCCUUGUUUUUGGAGUUGGGCAUCCCACCUCAGGUAUCAAGUGCUACAGCUACCUUCGCCAUGAUGUUCUCUUCAUCGAUGUCUGUCGUAGAAUACUACCUCCUUAAACGAUUCCCCAUUCCAUACGCCGGAUACCUCGUUGCUGUUGCAACAUUUGCCGCCUUAGCUGGGCAGGUUCUCGUAAGGAGAUUGAUUGCCAUCAUCGGAAGAGCCUCUCUUAUUAUCUUCAUCUUGGCAUUCACUAUCUUCGUCAGUGCAAUUUCACUUGGCGGGGUUGGCAUUUCAAAUAUGGUGUACAAGAUUCAACAUAAUGAGUACAUGGGAUUCGAUAGCUUAUGUGCAUACGAAGUGUGAAUGAUGACUAUAUUUUUUUGGCCUUUGUUCGUAUUUGGGCAAAGUAUAGCUCUAGAUGGAGGGUAGAGGAAAUUUCUGUUUGUUAGUUGUGAAAAUCGAACCUCAAACGAGUAGACAACUGUCGGAGCGACUUGGGGUUUGGCUAUGAAUGUGUUGUGCAAGUGUUAGGCUUCCUCCAACCCGCAUACCUGCCGCUAAAUUUUGGUGCUUAAGUGCACUUGUACGUCUUUGCUUUCAUUCAUUCAAUAAAAUUCACAAUUCAAUCUGUUAGAUUGAAUGGCUAUCUCUCUUGUCAUUACUAAAUUUAGAAGAAAUGGUUUCUUAAUUACUCGUUCGGUUGUUUGGUU